UCAUUCAUAUUUCCAAUCUUGUGUCUUUUGUAUAUAGUAAGUGAAAAGGAAAUUGCAAAUUGAAAUUGAAGUCGAGAAGGAACCAGGCAGGCAGUGCAGCAGUGGCAGUAGUCCACACUUUUCUUCACUGGAGUGGAGAGGGAGCAAGCAGCCACACUGCUUGGUUGGGGCGUUUUCCGCUGCUCGAUCAACUACUCAUUCUCAGAUCAACGACUGCCAUUGGCUGAUCCUCGCUUCGGUUUCUGCUGAUCUCGAUACCCUUGCGCUGGUUUCAAUCGCCUCUUGAAAUUACGCUGCUCUUUUGCUGUUGGUGUAAUCGUGGGGAGGUGUGAGGUUGGGGGGUCACGCGGUUUUGCAGGAACUGGAGCCGAUUGCAAUUGGGAGCGGGGUGGUGGUGUGUGUUGGAUGGGGGGUUUGGAGCUAGGGCUUGUUGGGGAUUUGUUUUCUGAUGUCAGGGAGCGGCGAUAGGAUGAGCAGCUCCGACGUCGGUAGAGGCGGUGGGACAGUCGAGAGAGACAUCGAGCAGGCCAUCACUGCUCUAAAGAAAGGUGCGUACUUACUGAAGUAUGGAAGGCGAGGAAAGCCUAAAUUUUGUCCAUUCCGUCUGGCCAAUGAUGAGUCUGUUCUCAUAUGGUUCUCAGGUAAAGAAGAGAAGCAUCUUAAACUUAGUCAUGUCUCCAGAAUUAUAUCUGGGCAGAGGACUCCAAUUUUUCAAAGGUAUCCGCGACCAGAGAAGGAAUAUCAAUCAUUUUCUCUUAUAUACAAUGACAGGUCACUUGAUUUGAUAUGCAAGGAUAAAGAAGAAGCAGAAGUGUGGUUUAGCGGCCUUAAGGCAUUGAUUUCGCGAAGUCAUCAGCGCAAGUGGAGAGCAGAUACAAAGAGUGAUGGAAUAUCAUCGGGAGCCACUAGUCCCAGAACAUACACAAGAAGGAGUUCACCAUUGCACUCCCCAUUUGGUGUUGGCGAUGGCACAAUGAAGGAUGGCGCCGAUCAACUUCGCCUCCGCAGCCCUUAUGGAAGUCCUCCUAAGAAUGGCAUGGAAAAGGCAUUCUCAGAUGUGAUAUUGUAUGCUGUGCCUCCAAAAAGUUUCUUCCCCUCAGAUUCAACUAGUGCUUCUGUCCUUUCUGUGUCGUCUGGCGGUUCUGAUGGCUUCCAUGGUCACAUGAAAGGGACGGGAGUUGAUGCUUUCCGAGUAAGCCUUUCUAGUGCUGUAAGCUCAUCAAGUCAAGGAUCUGGUCAUGACGAUGGUGAUGCUCUUGGAGAUGUUUUCAUCUGGGGAGAAGGCUUCGGUGAUGGUGUUAUGGGUGGUGGACCACACAGAAAUGGAAGUAGUUUUGGUGUCAAAAUGGAUGCCUUGCUACCCAAGGCCCUAGAAUCUGCAGUUGUAUUGGAUGUUCAGAACAUAGCAUGUGGUGGACGACAUGCUGCUCUUGUGACCAAGCAAGGAGAAAUAUUUUCUUGGGGUGAGGAAUCAGGAGGGCGGCUUGGUCAUGGUGUUGAUGCUGAUGUCAUGCAACCAAAGCUGAUCGAUGCACUCAGCAAUACCAACAUUGAGCUUGUUGCAUGUGGUGAAUAUCAUUCCUGUGCUGUCACCCUCUCUGGUGAUCUCUACACAUGGGGUGAUGGUCAUUUCGGCAUUCUUGGGCAUGGUAAUGAAGUGAGUCAUUGGGUGCCAAAAAGAGUGAAUGGGCCACUCGAGGGGAUACAUGUUUCUUCGAUUGCCUGUGGACCUUGGCAUACAGCUGUUGUGACCUCUGCUGGGCAGCUGUUUACUUUUGGUGAUGGAACUUUUGGGGUUCUUGGUCAUGGAGAUAGGCGAAGCAUUUUAAAGCCGAAAGAAGUGGAAUCCCUGAAGGGUCUCCGCACUGUACGAGCUUCCUGUGGUGCUUGGCAUACUGCUGCAAUUGUCGAAGUUAUGGUUGGAAACUCAAGUGCCAGUAACCUUUCUUCAGGUAAACUUUUUACAUGGGGAGAUGGUGACAAAGGUCGCCUUGGGCAUGGUGAUAAGGAAUCAAAACUUGUUCCAACCUGUGUUGCUGCUCUUGUAGAACCAAGUUUUUGCCAAGUUGCUUGUGGACACAGCCUCACAGUGGCUCUUACAACCUCUGGACAUGUAUACACCAUGGGAAGUCCAGUUUACGGGCAGCUAGGAACGCCUCAAACUGAUGGGAAGCUUCCAUCUCGCGUUGAGGGAAAACUUGGGAAGAAUUUUGUGGAAGAGAUAGCUUGCGGUGCCUAUCAUGUGGCUGUCUUGACUUCCCGAACUGAAGUGUAUACAUGGGGGAAGGGGGCAAAUGGUAGAUUAGGGCAUGGGGAUACAGAUGACAGAAAUUUUCCAACUUUAGUUGAAGCUCUUAAAGACAAGCAAGUAAAGAGUAUUGCUUGCGGUACCAAUUUCACUGCAGCUAUCUGUCUGCAUAAGUGGGUAUCAGGUGUUGAUCAGUCCAUGUGUUCUGGCUGCCGUCUACCCUUUAACUUCAAAAGGAAACGUCACAACUGUUACAAUUGUGGCCUUGUUUUUUGUCAUUCUUGUACCAGUAAGAAGUCUUUGAGGGCUUCCAUGGCACCGAAUCCCAAUAAAUCAUACCGGGUUUGUGAUAACUGUUUCAAUAAAUUGAAAAAAGCUAUGGAGACUGAUUCAUCAUCUCAUUCAUCUGUGAGUAGAAGAGGAGGUGUUAAUCGAGGGAUGAAUGACAUCAUGGACAAGGAUGAGAAGUUGGAUACAAGAUCUCAUCAAAAUCUAGUUAGAUUCCCUUCAAUGGAAUCCUAUAAACAAGGGGAGAAUCGCACCAAGAAGAACAAAAAACUGGAACUUAACAGCAGCCGUGUAUCUCCAAUCCCCAAUGGAAACUCUCAGUGGGGGGCCCUUAAUAUCUCGAAGUCUUUAAAUCCUGUAUUUGGAUCAUCUAAAAAAUUCUUCUCUGCUUCAGUUCCUGGAUCAAGAAUUGUUUCUCGAGCAACAUCUCCAGUAUCCAGACGAGCUAGUCCUCCACGAUCAACUACACCAACUCCCACCUUGGGAGGACUUACAUCACCUAAGAUUCUUCUGGAUGAUGUGAAGAUGGCUCAUGAUACUCUGAGUCAAGAGGUUGUUAGAUUAAGAGCACAGGUGGAAAAUCUUACUAGCAAAGGUCGACUUCAGGAAGCAGAACUAGAAAGAACAACUAAGCAGCUGAAGGAGGCAAUAGCGAUUGCUGGGGAGGAGACAGCGAAAUGCAAAGCUGCAAAGGAAGUCAUUAAAUCGCUGACUGCACAACUGAAGGAAAUGGCUGAAAGGCUUCCUGUGGGUUCUUCUAGAAGCACCAAAUCUCCUCCGUUCACAUCACUUGGUCCACCUUCAAUAACCAAUGAUGUUACCAAUACUUCGAUCGAUCAAAUGAAUGGUCAAGUAAAUGGCCAAGAACUGGAAUCAAAUGAGGCAAAUAACCUGUUGCUUUCUAAUGGGUCCAGCACUGCAAGCAAUCGCAGUUUGGGUAGCAGCAGGCAAGGCUAUGCAGAAACACCAAUGAGAAAUGGAAAUAGAGCAAGAGAAACGGAACCUCGUAACGAAAAUGAAUGGGUUGAGCAAGAUGAGCCAGGUGUUUAUAUUACUUUGACCUCCUUACCUGGAGGGCUGAAAGAUUUGAAGAGAGUGCGCUUCAGCCGUAAGCGAUUCAGCGAGAGGCAAGCAGAGCAAUGGUGGGCAGAGAACCGAGCAAGAGUGUAUGAACAGUACAAUGUUCGGAUGGUUGACAGGUCCAGUGUCGGGACAGCCAGCGAGGACUUGGCACAUUGACAGCAGCUGAUCAUAUUUCAUGUAUAUGAGUUUUUCUCCUUCCGGUUCGUCAAAUGGUAUUUGACUAAGCAGGUUGGUAGCCGGUGUGGGACAAUGGUUGCCGAGAUCUAGUAGAGAGGAUUCUCUAAACCUCCAGAUUAUUUUUUUUCUAUCUUCCGGGCUUUCUAGCCGACUAGCAGUCCUACAUCUCUUGCUAUGCUUUGUUAUUGAUUGUUGCACCGAUCGCUCGGAGUUUGAGGGUAAGAAAUGUAAAUUCUUCCUUCCUGGCUCUAGUUUUUUAGGCAAGAAAAAUGCAUAUUCAGAUUUGUACUAAAUAGCAUAUUGAGACUUUUGAUUUGUGGGAUUUGUGGUUUAAUGUUAGUUUUGAAUAGAUGAAUGUGAUGUGAUAUUAGUUGAGAUUUGGUUUGUGUAAAUGAAGGAUGGAUGUGAAUUGUGAUUAUAUCAUACUCAUGCA